AUGUCGCUUGGUAGCGACCUCACGGGAAUGGGUCAUAGCGAUACUGGCGCAAAUUCAUUGCAACUGCGUCCCGGAAAGCAUCCAAUCGGUGCCGUCGCAUGUCGGUGCCCACACCGACCUUGUGAGGAUUGCCGCUUCUCUGGUUCAUUGAGGUACUUCAUGCCCAUCACCGACCCACUCAGCAUUCCAAGGGUCGACCGCCACCACAGCACCACCGGCGACAGGAUGUCCGAAAUCCCUUACGGAAUCGUAUGCAAGACGUGCGGGCUUAGCUGGCGAGCCGAAGAAGUGCGACGAGCACGCCGCGUCCCCAGCCUGAAAGAGACGUUCCGAGACCUCCAGAAGAACCGGCUGCACCCACGCGGAGGACGCCUCCAGAAAUCCCAAUCGAUGCUCACGCUCAAUGCUUCGCCGAAAUUGGUGGUGGAGGAUUCGUCGUCGCCGAUCGUCCGCUCGACUUCGAUCAGGCUGGCCGGCAGGAAGUGCACCUGUGGGAGUGUGUCGUCCGAGGAUACCUUCUGCUUCCGCAUCGUUACUGAGAAUGAGUUAGGGAAUUCACUUGAGUCGAGUGCGAGGUAUUAUAGGGAGCCUAGUAGGGUUACGGAUGAGGAGCUCAGGGCGAAGGGGCAUCAUAAUUCGGUCUUGUGCAUUCGCAAUGUCGUGCAUCCGAAUCCGCUUCGAAGAAAUCCGGUUGAGCUCUAG